AUGUCGGCGCAGACGGGGGCACCCCUGCCGCCCUCCGCCAAGAUCCCCUGCAGGCCAGCACCUCCGGCCCGCCCCCAUGAGCAGCGGGCAGAGCCACCAGAUCGGAACAACGGGUGCCCCAACCAGCCGAGACCCGUACCUGUAUCAGCCAUGAAGGAAGACGCCUCACCCGAGCCUGAUGCAGACAAACCGCCGCCGGAGAGACUAUCGAGCACGCCAAUGUCGCCGUCGUUUCGCUUGCGCUGGAACAGCAAAGGGAAGGCCAUGGACGACGCCGCUCCAGCCCUUCUCCGACGCCAUCAAGGUCAGCCCCUCCCUCUCCUAUUCGAUCUGUUCCCCUACCCUUCCCUGAUGUGCCUACCUUCCUCACCCACACGCAGCAGUAGCAGCAACUCGAUGCAGGGACGAGGGAGAGGAGGAGUCCUGCUUCCCCGGCGUGCAUCCUCUCUCUCGGAACGACACCCAACCUCAAGCGAGAGAUGCAUGUGUGGGUGGCAGCAGAUCAACCUCCUUCUCAACCCAUGUCAGGCAUCCUCCGUGGAUGAUGACGACAACCAGGGCAUCCACCGCCACGACGACACCCCGCACAUGGUCCAACUCGGCUACAACCUCCUCUACCGCGCGACUGCGGCCGCGAUCGUGUUCGGCAUCGACUACAACCUCCUCUCCAGAUCUUUGGUUCAUUAUACUGACUGCAUGCCACCUCUGUCAUCGCUGCCCCGUCUCCCGCACCAUCGGCACCGCCCCUCCGCCUUCUCCUUUGAUGCUGUAGUGGAUUCUUAG